AUGGACGGAGGUAGCCCCACAGAGACUUCUCUGUCCAACAUCGAGUUGCUGCACGUGGCGUCAACUCGACGUCACUUCAUGCAACUGAGGAAGACGGCCCUGGCUCUCCCGUCGCUACCGCUGCUAUUACCCGCUGCAGACGAGGAUGAAGUUGAUUUGGCGUUUAUGCUGCCCCGAGAGACGAGUUUCGUUGAGUUUGACAUGAAACGUGUCGGUCUGGAUGACGUGUUGUCCCAGAAGUUCAUUCGUUCCCAUUCGGACUUGUCUCUGACUCUACUGCCAACUACGGCUCCCUCACGUAUACUGAUGGCAUCCCCUCAGGUCAAAUCUCCGGCGGGCAAUACUUUGAACCGAAAUCAAACGGAUCCUCUACCCGCUGAACCAGAACUAGACAAAGUUGAGUUGAAGGGAAAUGACGACGACGAUUUUUUUAAUGACAAAAACUGGAAGGUGAUGCUGACAUUCACCGAGAUGGACUACUAUAACGAAAAAGGUGAGCUUGAAUUCACCAAAGAUGAAUACGACUCUCUUGGUCAUGCAGCUUAUACCCAAGGUUACACCAAGAUCGACACAGCCGAGCAAGUGGCGAAGUAUGCUGAAAUGGACCGCCAGACGGACUUUCUCUUCACAACCCAUGCUCGUACUAAAGCUCCUGGCGACAAAAAGGAGUAUGACAAGGAAGAUAUUGCAUUGGAACGCACUGAUGAACUUUCGGAUCUGGAUUUCGAUAAUGACGAUAUUGUUGAUUCCAUGCAAACUCUUGAACAUACCAAGGAUAUGCUUACUGAAGCUCAAAGAUUCGCAUAUGUUGGUAUCAUCAAGCUUAUCACUGUCGAUAUGGCAACCGAUCUUGCUAAACUCAAAUUGCACACCUCUAACAAAAUUGCCCGUCACUUAAGUAUGGGGCAAAAGAAUUUCAGCAAUUGGACACUCUAUGUCUUGGAUAAGCUUUUCGAACAUAUGGCGUUGCUUAAGGAGGAAAAUCAAAUGAUCGAAAACUUGAGCAAGCAUGGUGUCGAAUCAAAUGAUUUGACGGCAUCAUUAUUAGAUAAGUCGAUCACUUAUCACAACCCAAAUUUCGACAUAAGAUGGGUGAUCAUUUGUGAUCUUUUCCUCAUCCUCGUCAGCGAUGGGUACUACGACCUGCGACUGCGAACCCUAUUGGUAAAAUUUGCAAAGCUCAUUGGCAUUGGUUAUAUCGAGAUUCAUCAGUUUGAACGUCGUCUCAUUGAUGUGCUUGAACUUGAAAAUAAGGACAAGAGUCUCGAAAACGAUGAUACGAAGUUAGACGAUAAUAAGUUCAUUGAUCGUCAUAUAAAGAAAAAUCGCAAACGGCGACUUGCAUAUAUUGGUCUUGCAACUUUGGGCGGGUCCUUAGCUAUUGGUUUGUCCAUGGGUUUGUUGGCCCCCGUUAUUGGGGCUGGUUUGGCUGCAGGUUUCACCACGAUCGGGAUUACGGGUACCUCAAGUUUCCUCGCCGGUGUUGGUGGGAGUGCUAUUAUCACUACCACCGGUGUAGUCAUUGGUGCUAAGGUUGGUAAUAAGGCUGGUAAACGACGAGCCGGUGAUGUACACACCUUUGAGUUUAAGCCUCUCCACAAUAACAAGCGCACAAAUUUGAUUAUCACAGUCUCUGGAUGGAUGAAUGGUAAACUAGAUGAUGUGCGGUUGCCAUUUUCUACUGUUGAUCCAGUGAUGGGUGAUAUCUUUUCGUUGCUUUGGGAACCCGACAUGUUGCAACUGAUGGGUCAAACAAUAACAAUUUUGGCUUCUGAAGCAUUGACCUCGUCGAUUCAACAGAUUUUAGGGGCAACGAUUUUAUCCGCAUUGAUGCUGGCGAUUCAAUUACCUGUCUUGUUGUCGAAAUUGACCUAUCUUAUCGAUAACCCAUGGAGUGUUUCGUUGGAUCGAGCAUGGAAAGCUGGCAAAAUCUUGGCAGACACUUUAAUCAGCGGGAAUAUGGGUGUUCGCCCCAUUACUCUUGUUGGGUUUUCCCUCGGCGCUCGGCUCAUCUAUCUGUGCUUGAUUGAGCUUGCGAAGCGGGACUGUUAUGGCUUAGUUGAAAAUGUCAUAUUGUUAGGUACCCCCGUUGCCAUCAACAAUGAUCAUUUAGCUUUAGCUCGGUCGGUGGUUUCUGGGAAGUACGUCAACGGCUAUGCCAAGAAUGAUUGGAUUUUGGGGUACCUUUUCCGAGCUACCCUGGGUGGGUUACUGUCGGUGGCUGGCUUGUCGGCGAUCGAGAAGUUUGGCAUUGAUGACUUCGACUGUACUCCAUUUGUCGAUGGGCACAUGUCAUAUAGAUCGGCAAUCCCUAAAAUCCUCAAAGAAUUCGGUUGGGAAGUGUUGAAGGAUGAAUUCGUUGAAAUCGAAGAGCCUGAUCCCGAAACAAACGAGCGACAACGUAAAUUAUUGCUGGAAUUUGACGAAGCAAGAGCAAAGAUGAUGGAGGAACAAAAGAAUGAAAACAAAAAGAAAACUUGGGCGAGCUGGUUCAAGCCCAAAAACCGUCUGUGGUGGGAGAUUCGUGAGAAGAAGCAAAACUCUCCCGGCGCUAAUGGCAACGAAGAGGGUGACUCAAACCCUCAUGAAGAAUAUGAUGUUGAUGGCGAUACACCUCUCUUUGAUGUUCAGCAAGAGGUUAAUGAAUUAGCACACCACGAUCUAGGCGAAACUGUGGGUGCUGCGUUAGUAGCUGAAGCUCGGCAACACCCUAAGACAUUGCUUAAUGAAGAGAAGGAUUUGUUUGACGAUAGUGAGUCAAGCACUCGGCAAUCGGACAUUGUCAAAAAUAACCGUCAAAAACCCUCGGCUGGAUAA